AAAUAUUCUUUUGAGCACGUGACAGUCACGUGAUUACAAGUUAAUUUCAUUUUCAUCAAUUUCUUUUUUAAUUUUCCGUCGCCUCAACUUUAUUAUUUGGCUUCGCCGACGUAUUUCUCUCUUCCGUCUAGUCUAGCUCUCCGAUCAUGUGGGUGACGAAUACCGUACUUCUACAUCAACCCAAUGCUCUGACCCGAUUAACCUUUUCUUACCCGACCCGACUCACCCACUCUCGUAAAGUCUCUCCCUUUUCCCGCUUCUUUCGGUCUCCGAAGAGGAAGAAUCGGGUUACGGCACUGUCGACGAAGAAACCAGAUGAAGAUCACGUGUUAUCGCCAGAUGAGAAGCUGGAGAAAUUCUCGGCUGAUUUGGGAUGGUUAUCGGCUUUUCCUCAUGUAUCAGUUGCUUCUAUGGCCAAUUUUCUCUUUGGUUAUCACAUUGGCUCCAGUUUGAGCCUUGAAGGGGGUGAAAUUCCUAAGAGUAAUCACUCUGGAGGGCUUAGCUUACAAAUUACAAUGAUGUUGAUUAGAGUGAUGAAUGGCCCCAUCGUGUCUAUUGCGCGUGAACUUGGAUUUGAAGGCAAUUCUAUUCUUGAGGGUCUUGUUGUGAGCAUAUUUAUUGCCGGUGCAUUUAUUGGAAGCAUAGUCUCCGGUCCACUAGUUGACAAGUUUGGCUACCGACACACCUUUCAGAUUGUCACGAUACCCCUAAUUCUCGGUGCCCUUGUGAGCACAAAACUUGUCUUUUCUCUCAGUGCACAAGCUCACUCCUUGGAUGAGAUCUUAUGUGGAAGAUUUCUUGUUGGUCUUGGUAUUGGCGUCAACACAGUUCUUGUUCCUAUUUAUAUAUCCGAGGUUUCUCCGACGAAAUACAGAGGUUCCCUUGGAACUUUAUGUCAAAUUGGCACUUGUCUUGGGAUAAUCUUUUCUCUUCUCUUAGGGAUUCCUGCAGAAGAUGACCCUCAUUGGUGGAGGACAAUGCUCUAUGUAGCGAGUAUGCCUGGUUUUCUUCUUGCACUUGGUAUGCAAUUUGCAGUAGAAAGUCCCCGUUGGCUCUGUAAGGUUGGACGACUGGAUGAUGCCAAGGUAGUGAUCAGAAACAUCUGGGGAGGAUCUGAAGUCGAAAAAGCUGUAGAAGAUAUUCAGUCGGUUAUGAAGAAUAAUGGCUCCAACUUAAAUAGCAGAUGGCUGGAACUCCUUGAUAAACCACAUUCACGAGUUGCAUUCAUUGGGGGCACCCUUUUUGUCCUUCAGCAAUUCGCAGGCAUAAAUGGUGUUCUUUAUUUCUCAUCUUUAACAUUCCAAAAUGUUGGAAUCACGAGUGGUGCUCAAGCAAGUCUAUAUGUUGGAGUCACAAAUUUUGCAGGUGCUCUGUGUGCGUCUUAUUUGAUUGAUAAGCAAGGAAGAAAAAAGCUUCUUAUUGGUAGUUACUUGGGAAUGGCAGUCUCUAUGUUUCUCAUUGUUUAUUCUGUUGGUUUCCCGUUGGAUGAAGAUCUGAGCCAGAGUUUGUCAAUACUUGGAACACUCAUGUAUAUAUUCAGUUUUGCAAUUGGAGCUGGUCCUGUAACUGGUCUCAUCAUCCCUGAGCUAAGUAGCAACAGAACGCGUGGGAAAAUCAUGGGUUUCAGCUUCUCUGUACAUUGGGUCUGCAACUUCUUGGUUGGUUUGUUCUUCCUGGAUCUGGUGGAGAAAUUUGGAGUUGGAACGGUGUAUACCGGCUUUGGCAGUGUAUCAUUGUUGGCAGCGGUGUUUUCAUACCGCUUCAUAGUGGAAACAAAGGGUCGAUCACUAGAAGAGAUUGAAAUGUCUUUGAACUCCAGAGACGAGCUGAGUUAAAAAGGGUAAAAGUGAAAGAAAGAGAAAGACCUUAAACAAUUUCAAUGUUUUUCAUCAGUUGUUGUAAAUAGUCUGGAAAUUAGCUUGUGAGAAAUCUUGUGAAUAUAUACAUAGGUAUGUGAGUGAAGUUUUGUAAAGAUAUAAAAAUGAUUGUCAUUG